CAUAGUUGGGAUGAAUGACAUAGCUUGGUGUAGACAGAGUUAACAAAGUUGACGUCAAGUGAAGUCUAGUAACAUAAAACCUCGACACCCAGUCUGCAGCAUGUCGGCGACGGUGGGGUUUCAUUGAAACAUAUUUUAUUCGCAGCUUCAGACAUCUAGUAGUGCGGUGGAACAUAUUCACGUGCUCUCAUAUCCGGACAACGGACGAGGUUUUUUAUCAGCGUGCACAGGCACAAACCACUACCGACAAAACAGUCUCCUGACCGGCGGAGAUCUCCUCAAGAGAGCUGUCGUUUAGAAUCCACGUCUGAAGAUCUUCGACUGUCUCCAAGAAUUUAGCUUCCAAGAAAUGUCGAUCCGAUGGUGUGUAGAGACAACGGGUAUACCACAUUACCUCUACGGUGACUUGCAGGCAGUUUGACAAGUGAAAAUUAGUAUAAAUAUGGACAAUGGCCACCUGGCAAAUGAUGUUAUACUUGCAGUGCAUGUUGUAGAGCUAUAAGGUGCCCUAUCGUCAAGUGAAGUUACUCACUCGACGCAGUUUAACCAUCCGUGCUCAGGGCAAGCUUUUCCCCCUAUGUGAGGAGGUGAAAUCCUCGGUUGAACAUCAAGAACUCGUAUGGUGAGUUCCUCGUGGCGUGCUGGUCAUUUAGGUUUACCGCAAGAUUAUGGUAUCCACUCUACAAAUAGAACACGGGACACCGUUGGUAAUGGUGUCACCAACAAAACAAUGCCGACCCCUGAACCGAACAAUUGGGACAACACGGCCCGGGAGCAGAGCUCCGUUCAACCGGCUGACUGCCAGCCGUGGCUCGCUGCUAGGACACCGGCUGAUAUUCAAAUGGAUUGUAAUAAUGUUACACAUUUAUUUCACGAACGGUUUGUCGGAGUUGAGGCACCAACUGACGGACACCAUCUCGGAAGCUAAUUCGACAACACGCCUCAACAGCUACGAGUGGAGUGAGUUCGGGGACUGGUCGGUGUGUAGCAGAACGUGUGGCUUCGGUGUGCAGAGUCGGGAGAGGAUGUGUACAAAUCAAAGGAAUGAAAUAGCCGAUGAGAAGCUUUGCCAAGGUUCAACGAGACAGUACAAAGUUUGUAAAACGGACGUCCACCAGUGUCCAAAAGAACAGUGUUCGAGUUACAAUGAAUCUGGUCUGCACUGGACGACGUCAGUUCUACCAGUUGGUACGUGUCAAGUCGUUUGUACAACGCUGAAUAAUAGUCGAAGAGUUUACAGACAGCUCCGUCAAUGGAUGCCAGACGGUACACUGUGUACAAACUACAGAGGAUGCGGACAACAGAAUGGGGCGGACACACUGUCUGUCUGCCUACAAGGACAUUGUCUGGGAGUUGGAUGCGACGGUGUAGUAAACUCGGCCAAAGCUUUCGACGCUUGUGGUGUUUGUGGGGGCGAUGGAUCCACCUGUCGAGUCAUUUAUGCAACCUUCAAUGGGGUACUCCAUCAAGAUUACAAUGAUGUUGUGAAGAUUCCAAUCGGUGCUUUUAACAUCAGAGUGUACGAACUCCAGAGAAGUGGAAACUUUUUAGGUAUAUCAGAUGACAAUGGACAGCCAUUGUUAAACAGUAUCUACAGCAUCAGUAGGCCGGGUCUGUAUGAGUUGGCCGGUACUACGGUGUCCUACAAACGCUGUGGCACAAACGCAGACGGUGACUACGAGGAAAUUAUCAUCAAGCAAUCGCUGACCAGCAAUAUUAUCAUUUUAGUUUUGAACGCACGGAAGCAACUCAAGGCACACAUUGCGUAUCAGUAUAGUCUACCACCACUAGAGCGCCCUCAAACAACCGCUGCGUCCAUCACGACAUCUUCAAGACAAUCGCAAACGACAGAAUCGAAAACACCUUCAAAAGAAUCCGCGGAGCAGGAUGUUCAGAACUUCAUCUCCACUAAGACGCUUCCAGUUGAGAAAGACAACCACGUGGAUGCGUUAAAACAAGGUACCAGUGAACAACAGCCAUCGUUGAUCCCUGGCGGGGUGGCGCUGGAUUCAUUUCAAAAUGUUACCAUGGAAACACAAGAAUUGGAAACAGCUGAGCCUAAAGUACAACCGACACGAGAAACAACUUCCGAGAUAUCAAAGCCCAUUAGAGUGGAGACUACAGAGAUAGUGCUGAACGAAACAACAGAAUCACCAGAUGGUGCUUCAGGGAAAUUACUCCCAGCUAGUCAAAAUUCAAGUUAUCAUUCAACAGUGGGCAGGGUAGCACCUCACCCAGUAGAUAUACCCCCAGAGGGAUAUUAUGACGAUGUGCAGCAUCCUUCGAACUCUAUGUUAAAUAAAGAGGAUGCUGAAACUUCUCCCAACAAGGAAACAGAAACAUCUGGAUUCUCAGACGACGAUAAUCUUGAACUCACAACUCAGCAAAAUAUAGAAUUCUCGCAAAACAAACUUUUAGUCCCCGAAAACAACCAAAGUAUUCCAGAACCAACAGCUGUGGCGAACAAUAGCGUACGCCAUUCUCCUUCCACAGUGCCGACGUACUACCUAGAGAACGAUGUUUUUGAAAGUGUAUAUUCUUCAUACGAGGACUAUGAAUUGGUGACAGAGCCGACGCCGCCGACUAAAUCCUUUCUCACUGCAUCACCACAACCGCCAGUAACUGAAGAAACGAUUCAAGAAGCUCAAGACAUUCCGGUGGACUUUGACCUGCUCCAAGACCUCUUUGGUGAUGUGCCAGAGAUUUUGGCGCUUGUGAAUUCAGCGAUGGAGAGCCAGCCUUCGUCGGCGUUCCCGUCGGCAGCGGCCACUUCCGUUUUGAUCUCUAGGGGGGAUAUACCGAGAAAUGAGGACCGGAAGCCGCAGUAUCGCUGGGAGAGAACUGGGAUUGCUCCCUGCAGCGCCACUUGCUCAAGAGGGAUGAGCCGAUCCUAUGCCUACUGCACUCUGAAAGGGCAACAAGUUGCCGAUAAUCUCUGCGAUCCAGGCUCAAAGCCAGAUGUUGUGGAACGAGAGUGUGAAGGAAAGCCUUGUGGUCAAAGAUGGGCUGUAGGUAGCUGGAGUCACUGUACAGUUUCCUGUGGUACCGGCGUGGUAUAUCGGACCGUCCACUGUUGGCUCAUGCUAGCCCCUGGCCUAGACACUAGCGUCAGUAAUGCAGAGUGUGAUCAGAACAACCUCCCCGAGAGCAUCAGACCCUGCACUCUUAAGCCGUGUGGACCACAAUGGCAGACUUCAGAUUGGUCGGAGUGUUCUGUGGAGUGUGGUGAGGGACUACAGAGUCGAGAGGUGAGAUGCUCCUCAGGUCAGGAACAAUGCGACCCUAACAAUGUACCUGCACAACGACGACGGUGUAUGAUUCAAAGAUGCCCCAAUAAGUGGAGAGCUACUCAGUGGAAUUCAUGCCCAGGGGUUUGCCGAGUGCGCUAUCGACGUGUAGAUUGUGUCAACGCUGCGGGGAUCAUCAUCAGCCAGAAGAAUUGUCCAAGAGAUGAGAAACUCAUAUCGGCCCAGCUCUGCGGAGAAGCCUGUCCUGCCCAGUGGGUGCCCCAAAGUUGGAGUGAUUGCCAGGGUGAAUGUGGUACUACAACCCGCGACCGUCAAGUUGUCUGCGCUCGGACCAGCGCUGUGGGAGGCCAUAUGCAGGUGUUGCUGGAGUCUGUUUGCGCAUCCCAACAGAAACCACUUUUGGAGUCGAGCUGUUCUCUGGUCAGCUGUCAAAGGCAGAGGAGGAGGGUUGCUCAGUGGUUCACCACACCUUGGUCUCAGUGCUCGGUGUCCUGCGGAAGUGGUCAAAAGUCCAGGACAGUUCACUGUCAAUCCAAGAGGAACCCAAAUCAUUGUAAUCCAAACAAGAAGCCGGUGGCCACGGAGUCCUGCUCCAUGAGAGAAUGCCCAGCUACGAUACCAGCCUGCUCCGACAGCCCCACCGCCGACUGCAACUUAAUUCGCAGAGCGAACCUGUGUCGUUAUGCCAGCUACAAAAGAUCAUGUUGCUUGUCCUGUAGUCCAUGAUAGCAUAACGGUUUGUAAAAGACAAAACUCACAAAGAAACUGCUUGAUUUCACUCUUCUUUUUUUUAUGUCUGUUUUUAAGUGUUUAUGGCAAUAUUUUCUGCUUAAGCUGUAUGAAAAAGUGCCCAGUUAAUUAGCACUAUAGAAUUAGUAAUUUAUGGCUGUGAAUUGUUAUUUCACUUUGACAUACUGCUGAGCACAAGGCAAAAUCAUCAUUGAUUGAAUCCACAAUUUUAUUCACAAUAAUGUCCUCAACUAUACUUGCUUAUACCCCUCCCCCCACCCCAACCCAACUCUUCAAAUCGACAUAAUCCACAG